GGAUUGUGGGUAGAGGGAGUCCGCCAUAUUCCGGAGUAACUGUGCAAAAUGGAAGAAGUAGCAGAUAACUCGGAAACCCAAGUGAUCUAUGUCUACAAUGAGUCAGGCCUGGAAGGGGGGGACCAGCUGAUUGACCAGGGGGACCUCCAGCAGCUUCUGGCUCAAGCACAGCAGAGUGGGAUCAUUACAACCCACACAGAUGGGGAGAACCCAGGAUCUACGAUCAUUGUGACAGAGGCUGGCGGCGAUGUCAAUACUGGUAUUGUGAUGACUGCCGCAGAUCAGAUAGAGGCCACAGAUGCCUCCCAGAUCAUUACCGAGGCACAACCUGAACCAAUGGAUCAACAGCAACAACAACAGCAGCAACAGGACUUGCAAUUACAGCAAGAAUCUCAACCAGAAGACAAACUGAAGCCUGCACCAGAUCUUUCCAAGCCCAUUACUUUGACUGAUGAAACUAUAGUAGUUAUAAAUGGGAAGAAGUGUGUUCUCAGAGUUGAAGCCAACAGUGGACAGCUUUGUGCCUUUCCAGUGCAGCCAGCACCAGGUAAGAGGAAGCGUGGCCGUCCACCAAGACAUCUGAAGCCUACCCCAACCUCUGCCCAGGAGGCUACCAACACAACAAUAACUACUGGAAGUGAGAGCAGCCCCCCACCCCCUGGGGACAGUGUGUCCACCCCUGGUCAGCCAGAGGACCAGGCGGUGUCCACUCCAGCCUCGGAUAGAAGCGCAGCUGAGGGACUGCUUGAGUUGUCCAAUACAGAAGGCCUGAGGAGAAGUUCCAGAAAACGGAAGAGAGCAAAGAUUUUCAAAGAGUAUGCGACUCCUGAGGAUGUCAGUGACUUGGAAGACAAAGAAAGUGAUGAGGGGGAGUACGAAGGAGACGAUACUGAUUUUUCAAUCACUGGCUCUGGCGGAGAGCAUCCAAAACUGAAGAUGGCUAUUCCCAGACUUCAGGCCCAGACAGCAGCAGGAUUCACACCACCAGUCAAAAAAGGUCGGGGUCGUCCCAGGAGGUAUCCCAGGCCAGGGGAGUCCACCCCAGGGAGUAGUGCCACCACCCCUCUGAAGAGCCCAGGGCCAAUCCCAGCGUUUAUCAUCCCCACCCCCACUGGACAGACCAUCAUGAUGGCCCCUAUAGAGGGUCUGCAGCAUCUCCAGGCGUAUCAGCAGGCCAAGCAGACCACCCCUGGGGCCACCUCAAUCCUCCCUAAGCCAGCUAAGAUCCUCCCUAAGCCAGCAGGUGAGGGUGGGGAGGAUCCUGAUACUGUACAACAACACACAGAGGGAGAGGAAACUGCUGAGGCUGUGGGCACAUUGACAGGGGAAGUCCAGGCUGAGGAAGUGGGAGAUCCUGUUGAGGCUGCAUCUAAAAAUUUGAAUGAGGACAAAGAAGUAGAAAAUGGUGAGAAAGAAGACGAGGAUGAAGAGAAUGAGGAAGAAGAUGGUGAAGAAGGAGAUGAAGCAGAGGGAGAAGACGGACAAGUGGAGAAAAGCAAAAAAAGGGGUCGUAAAGCUGGAUGGAAUAAAGAAGCAGCCUCUAAGCUACCGGGACCCUCGACUGUGAUAGCUUUACCCAAUAAUAUUUUUCCAAUGCUUUUACCAGCUAAAGCAGAACCAAUCAAGAUAGGUCUGAAAGCCACAGAGAGUGAACUGGAGAAAUUCAAGUGUCCCAAGUGUGAUUUCCAGGGCUAUUAUAAGAACCAGUACCAGAACCACAUAGCUACCCACACUGAAGAUAUUGUCAAAUGUAAAUGUUGUGGCUACCUUAGUUUUGAUCCAGAAGAUGUCAACCAACAUUUCAAGGUGAACCACCCGCGCUGUUACUGUGAAGAGUGCGGCUUCAUGGCUGACCACGCAUACCAGAUCAAACGCCACAAGAUGAGGCACAACAAUGAAGGUUCUGAGUGUGAGAUCUGUGGCAAGAAGUACAAGGGGCUGUGAAAAAUCUGACAUCACCAAGCACCUGCUCAUCCAUGAGGAACCCAAGCAUGUGUGUGAGGUGUGCAAGAAGGCUUUUAGGCACCUGAAGAACAAGGAACUCCAUGUGAAGAGACAUAAAGGUCAGAGGGAUUACAAGUGUGGUGUCUGUGAUUUCUAUGGGUAUACCUUCACUGAUAUACGGAAGCACAUCGAGCGCAAGCAUUCCCAGUCUGCUACCAUGACAGUGGCCUGUGACAGAUGUGGCGCCCCCUUCAGGACGGAGGCAGCACUCAGAGAUCACCAGAAAAUUUGUGAAUUAACAAUGAUUGAGCAGGCCCUGGCGGUUGCUACCAGCACCGGUAACCACACCAUACAAAUAUCUGAUGCACAAAUCAUCACAGACGGCACACAGCUCACAAUAGAUGGCACUCAAGUCAGCAUUGUGGAAGGUGAAAUAGCAGAGGGAGAGAUUCAGCUGACAGAAGAACAACUGGUCCAGGCCCACAUGGCAGUCAACCAGGAAGCUGCAGACCACGGAGCUGUUGCUAUGGUAACUGGUGAUCUGGUCAGCGGGGAUGAGGCAGCGGUGGGGAUAGAGGGUGGUCAUCAAGAGGGGACAGUGGUCAUCCCAGGCCACGGGGACAUUGGGACUGCCGAUGAAGCAAUGAUGACUAUCUCUGAAUGAAACUGAAACAUAACCUAUGGGAACAAUACAACGCUGUUGUUACUUUAAUUGAAGAGUAUUUAUUGAAACACAAUAGGACUAAUGGUUAUUGGUGGCUGGACGCUUUAAGUACAAAGAAAUUUGUCUGCCUUGGAGAUCAAAGUUGUAAGCUGAACCUGACUUAAUCUGUUCUCAGUCUGAAAGAAAAUUGACCCUUGGUUGCAAUCUGCAUGAAAAUCACCAGCAAAAUUGUUUUGCAUUCUUUUUCAAGGCAUAUCAGUGUUGACAGUGACGAAGGUGGCCGCCCCAGUGGCCGCAGUCAGUGCCCUCUCUUGAGUACGGGAGACACUGUUAUACAACAUCCACUGACCCAAGCACUAUUGAAAUGGUCUUAAUAAUUGUCACAUUUCCUGGAUUCCAGCUGUUAUUCCUUCAGACUUCUAAAAUACCCAAGUUGGACCAUAACCUGUCAACCUAGAGCAGCAUUCCUGCCGAGAGACCAGUUUUGGGGAGAGGGGUGGACAGUGGUCACUCAGUUUGAUAACUUAUGGGGUCUGCUUAGAUCUGGCUAUCUGAGGAACUUCUACAUCAUCCUGGGUGAUUAUACAGAUAUAUGGUUCUAAGAAAUAAUAGUUUUGUCAUAUUGGUGAAGCAAUUAAAAUAUUUGGGGGAUUAACCCACCCAUCCCGUCUCCGACCCCCUUGCCCUUUGGUACGGUGUCCCGGUGGUCUGGGCUAUCUUCACAAGAGCAAAGAGGAAAUUUAUUUUCAUUGAUAGUUGAUGUGAAUGCUUAGUCUGGUUUCCUCACUUUGUCCACCUCAUUUCAUUCACUAGGCUGGUUUUUUGUUACUGUGGGAAUUUAGGGUUUAACAACUACUUUAACCCUUUCUUAUUGCUUGCCACUGCUUGGACUGAAAAACUUUGUCCUCGUCUGUGCUUUGUGGGCCUGCGUCAUAUUGCCAGAGCAAAAGUGCAAAAAUUGAGGAAAUGUUUAGACAUUUACGUAACAUUGCAUAGCAACAUAUGUUUAUUUAUGUUCAGGUUGCAGUGCUAAAACCCUGGAUUGGCACUCAAACAAUGCAAAAGAAUUGGGCUAAGUAGCACAGUUGUUGCUUUUGAGACUGGGCUAACUAACUUAUUUAUAGUGACAGGUUGCUGCAGAUAUCCUGAGGAAAGGAUUUACUAUGACCACUGUAGAUGGCCAUGAGUGUGUUCCCUCCAUGUCUCUUCAACAUCUGUAGGGAUUUCCCCCUCUGAAGUCAGCAAGGUCAUUAAAGUGCAGCGAGAUUUUUUAUUGUGUACGGGUUGUAGAUAUAAUCUCUGAAAAAUAGUCAGGUGGGCUGCACACGUGCGCAUGCAUGCCCACUCAAGCACCCAUGCAUACACGCACACACACAAACACACACACAGAGUUGAAGUUUGUUUUAUUAUGAGCUUGAUCUGGACCUUCUAUUUCAUCUGAAGGUCUUAGUAGCUAUAGAUUUCAUUCAUCUCUUAAUCAAAAUGUGAACACCUCAUAGCAAGUCAAACUGAAACAUUUACCUUCAUGUAUCUGUACAUCUUAACGGAUGUAGAAGCGUCAUUACUAAGGCACAUUAUUUAUUAUUUUUGUAACAGUUUUCAGACCAUCUGAUAUUUCUUUCUAAAUGAUUUUGUAAAUAUUUAUUCUUACAUAACAUAAUUGAGACUGGCACUAGUGCAUAUUUAUUGAUCAAUACUGUAAUUUUCAAAACUUACAUGUAUUAGAUGUAUAUAGUUUAAGUGGAAAUAUAAGUGUUCAAUAAACCACAGUAUUUCUCAUAAAAACCAAUAAAAUUUCUACACAUUUA